UCCUCGUUUCCGUUCACAAAAGAAGCUACUUCAACUCUGCCGCUAAAGGAACCAAACCUAAACGACAACGUUUCUUCUAUUCAUCUUCAAGCUUCAGUACUGCACCUCUCUCUCUCUUGAAGUUCAAUUUGUACAUUGAGUUACAAUGAAAAGACCAAAAUCAAAGGAGUUUCGGAAGCAACAACGACUCUCAGAAGAAGAUGAAAUUAAGCUAUUGAAUUCAUGGAUUCAAUGCCAGAAACCAGAGUCAGGUUCGAACCCAAUGUCACUGACACCUCUUCCCAAAAACUCACCCGUUGGCCGCCUCGACGACGAUACCUUCUCUCGCUACGCCGGAGUGGUGCGGUUUGAGCAGUUGCCACUAUCAAGGAAAACUAAAGACGCUUUGCGAAGUAAUAAGUUUGUUUCCAUGACUGAUAUUCAAAGAGCUUCUCUUCCUCAUGCACUUUGUGGCCGUGAUGUUCUUGGUGCCGCCAAAACUGGUUCUGGCAAAACACUUGCUUUCAUUAUCCCUGUGUUGGAGAAAUUGUAUAGAGAGAGAUGGGGACCUGAAGAUGGGGUCGGAAGCAUAAUCAUAUCACCUACAAGAGAAUUAGCUGGUCAAUUAUUUGAUGUGUUGAAAUCUAUUGGGAAGUACCAUGGUUUUAGUGCUGGCCUCCUCAUCGGUGGUCGUAAGGAUGUUGUUACUGAGAAAGAACGUGUUAACGAGCUCAAUGUAUUGAUCUGCACACCCGGACGCCUUCUACAGCACAUGGAUGAAACUCCUAAUUUUGAUUGUUCACAGAUGCAGGUUUUGGUACUAGAUGAGGCUGAUCGUAUUCUUGACAGCGGAUUCAAGAAGGAACUAAAUGCAAUCAUCUCACAGUUACCAAAGCGUAGACAAACCAUGCUUUUCUCGGCAACUCAAACAAAGUCAGUUCAAGAUCUUGCAAGACUAAGUUUGAAGGACCCAGAGUAUCUGAGUGUGCACGAAGAGUCUGUGUCUGCCACUCCUACUCUCCUGAAGCAAAUUGUGAUGAUUGUUCCCCUUGAUCAAAAGUUAGAUAUGCUGUGGAGUUUCAUAAAGACCCAUCUACAGUCAAAAACUCUUGUCUUCCUAUCAAGCUGUAAACAGGUAAAAUUUGUCUUUGAGGCAUUUAAGAAACUUCACCCUGGCAUACCGUUGAAGUGCCUUCAUGGGAGAAUGAAACAGGAAAGGAGAAUGGCAAUAUAUGCUGACUUCUGUGAGACGCGCUCAGUUCUCUUCUCAACUGAUGUGGCUGCAAGAGGCCUUGAUUUUAAUAAGGCAGUUGACUGGGUUGUUCAGGUAGAUUGUCCUGAGAAUGUAGCAUCUUACAUACAUAGAGUUGGCCGUACUGCUCGUUAUAAAUCUGAUGGAAAGUCAGUUUUAUUUCUAUUGCCUUCAGAAACUAAAAUGCUUGAAAAGUUAGAAGCAGCAAAGGUUCCAGUGCAUUUAAACAAGCCAAGGAAAGAGCUACUGCAACCAGUGUCCAGUUUGUUGGCAUCUUUACUGGUCAAGUACCCAGAACUUCAGAUGAAGGCCCAAAAGGCAUUUAUCAUAUACUUGAAAUCUAUCAAUAUCCAAAAGGAUAAAGAGAUCUUUGAUGUUUUGAAACUUCCUGUUAAUGAGUAUUCAGCAUCAUUAGGUCUACCAAUGACCCCCAAAAUCCGUUUUCUAAACCAAAAAAUUAAAGCUAAAGAUCUGUCAACAAAAUCAAUUUUCGAUGAACCAGAGGAGGAUUUAAACAAGAAAAAUGUCUUGGAAGGUUCAAAAGAAAAGCUAGACACAGUUGUUUUCAACGAUGAGGAAAUUGAAAAUGAUCUUCUUCGGCCAGCUGAUACCUCAAAUGAAGGUGACACAAAGUCAGCUGAAUUUGGAGGGUUAAUACCAGCAACUCGUGUAUUAAAGAAAAAAAAGCUCAAGAUUAACAUGCAUAGACCACUUGGGACUCGGGUUGUAUUUGAUGAAGAAGGCAAGACACUUCCUCCCCUAGCCAGAAUUGCUGACACACAAAGUGGCAAGGAAGCAUUGCUAAUUGAUCCAGAACAAAAAGCUGAAUACUAUAAAAGGAUGCGAGAGGAUUUGAAGAAGGCAGACAAGGAAGAUAAAUUUGUAGAGCGUCAGCGACUUAGAGAAAAAAGAAUCAAGCAGAAAAUGAAAUGGAAGGCCGGUAAUGCGGAAGAAGAGGACGAGGAUGAUAUCUCUGGGUCUGAUGGAGAUGAAACGAUACAUAGACCGCAUAAAAAGAGUAAAGUAUACUUCGACAGCGACAGUGGCGAUGAGGGUGAAAGAAAUGAAAUCACAGGGAAUGCAGGAAUUACUUUGGAGGAGCAAGAAGCUUUGGCUUUGAAAUUGUUAAAUUCCAUGCACUCAUAGGAUAUAUACAUAUUUAAAUUCUUAUAACAGCAAAAAUGUGAGAAGAAUUAAUUUUGUGGCAUUCAUUGCCAAUUUUGAUUUGCCAUAUUGUUAUUUCAAGAAACAUGAGUGUAGAAGCAUCAUUUGUAUUUGUUGUUUGUAUUUAUUAUAGUAGCAAACAUGAGAAUCUUUAUGGUGUAAAACACUAUGAUAUCAUCUGUGUUGAAGAUCAUAGUUAUAAAAAUUAGCUCGUACCAGCUGGUUUCCCUCGAAA